UGCUGGCAAACGUGCAGUCUCUGGUGAAUAAAACUGAUGAUCUCAGAGCCAGGUGCUGAAUAACCCUGGGGACGGUAGGACCGCGUGUGUCCUUUGUUUCACGGAAUCCUGGUUAACCCUUUCCGUACCGGAUGCAGCGAUUCAGAUCGACGGGUUUACUAUACAGUGUCAGGAUAGAUCUACAGUCUCUCAAAAGCAGAGGUGAAGGAGUAUGCCUCAUGAUCAAAUCUUGGUGCACAAGUAUAUCAGUGCUGUCCCUAUUCUGCUCACCAGACCUGGAAUAUCUAGCAGUAAAGUGCCAUCCAUUUUACCUACCACGGGAUCAUUUUGGUAGCAGUUUACAUUCCACCUCAGGCCAAUAUCAAGCAGCUUUUAGAUGAUCUGAGCAAUGGGAUCAACGUGGACAAAACAGUUCAGUUUUGAGAGAUUUUAACCAGAUCAGUCUGAAAAAAAUCACUAAGCAACUACCAUCAACAAAUCACUUGCAAUACCAGAGGAAACAACACACUGGACAAUUGCUACACCACCAUCAAGAAUGCUUACUGUGCUAUUACACACCCUCACUUCGGGAAGUCUGACCUGGCUGUAAUUCUACUCCCUGAGUAGAGGCAGAGAUUGAAGACUGCAGCACCAGUAGUGAGGACCAAGAAGCUAUGGACAAGGGAAGCACAGGAGCGCCUACGGGACUGCUUUGAAUCAAUGGACUGGACUGUAUUCAGGGAUUCAUCUUUGGAUCUGGAUGAGUAUGAUGCAGUUGUUACCGACUUCGUUAAAAUCUGUGUGGAUGAGUGUGUGCCCACAAAGACUUACUGUACAUUCCCAAACCAAAAACCGUGGUUGAACCAGAAGAUACACAAUGCAAAUUGAUUUGCGAGAUUAUCAGUGGGAGGUUGUGGAGCCUGCUCUCCAAGGAAAAAAUAUCAUCAUAUGGCUACCGACAGGUGCAGGCAAAACUCGGGCAGCUGUGUUUGUUGCCAGACACCAUUUGGACUCGAGAAGACAAGGCAAAGUAGCUGUUCUUGUAAAUAAGGUGCCUCUGGUGAAUCAGCAUUAUGAACAAGAGUUUAAGCCAGCCCUAACACCCAGGUAUAAUGUGAUUCCUGUAACUGGUGACACUGAGCUUAAGGAGCAAUUUGCAUACAUUGUACGGAUGAAUGAUGUUAUCAUCUGCACAGCACAGAUCCUGCAAAAUUCACUGACCAGUACAGAAGAAGAAAAGCACGUAGAGUUAACAGAGUUUUCUCUGCUGAUAAUUGAUGAAUGUCAUCAUACUCAGAAGAAUGGUGUGUAUAACAAAAUCAUGGCCCAGUACAUUGAAGCAAAGCGUAAGAAUGUGACCAACUUACCUCAAGUCCUUGGACUCACAGCAUCACCUGGAACUGAUGGCGCCAAUACAGUCGACAAAGCAAUGAACCACAUCUUACAGAUCUGCGCCAAUAUGGAUGCUCAGAUGAUCAUGUCCUCUUCAAAGUAUAAACCACAAUUGGAUGCAGUGGUCCCUCAGGUUAUGAAAAGCUAUGAUGUUACAGAAGAAAGAAAACAGGACCCUUUUGGGGACAAAAUUAAGGCGAUGAUGUCAAGAAUUCACAGCCACCUAAGUGAUUCUUCAAUCACAAGGAAUUUUGGGUCACAGAUUUAUGAACAAGCUGUGGUAGAGCUGGAAAAAAUAGGUGCUAUUGAGUCCAACAGAGAGAAGCGUAUCUGUGCACUUCACCUCCGUAAGUACAACGACUCACUUUUGAUCAAUGACACGGUGCAGAUGAUUGAUGCACUUCGCUACCUGGAGGAAUUCUACAGGAAUGAAGAAAAAACAAAAGUUCUUCUGGAUCAGACAGAUCGAUUCCUAUUUAAGCUGUUUGAUGAUAACAUUGAAGAGAUGCUCUUACUUGUGCUCAAUAAAGACUAUGAAAAUCCAAAGCUGGACAGAUUGGAGAAUAUACUCCUGAAGCAAUUUAAGACCCCAAAUUCGCAAGGAAUUAUCUUCACAAAGACGCGGCAGAGUGCCCAUGCCUUGUUUGGCUGGAUUAUGAACAGUGAGCGGUUGAUGGCAUCUGAAAUCAGACCAGGAAGCUUAACGGGGGCUGGCAUUAGCAGUCAGACGAAGCACAUGACUCAGCAAGAGCAACAGGAAGUUAUUCAGAAGUUCCGAACAGGCGAAAUCAACCUCCUUGUUGCUACCAGUGUGGCAGAAGAAGGCCUUGACAUAAAAGCAUGCAACAUCGUCAUCCGCUAUGGACUUAUCACUAAUGAGAUUUCCAUGGUUCAGGCCCGAGGAAGAGCACGGGCUGAAAGCAGUGUUUAUUCAGUUGUUGCUGAAAAAGGAGGGAAAGAGAUGCGACGGGAAUUUGUAAAUGAAUUCCGUGAGGAUCUAAUGAAACAAGCAAUAGAGAAUGUGCAACGUAUGCUUGACCGAGACUACCAAAUAAAGAUUCAAGAGCUGCAGUUGGAAGGCAUAAUGAAACAGAAGGUGAAAGAUGAGAAACAAGAUUCCAUGAGGAUGGAAAAUCUUCCUGAACAUGUGAGGUUUUGCUGUCGGAACUGCAAUAAGGCAGUGUGUUCUGCCAGUGACCUCCGAAUCAUUGAGGGCAUGCAUCAUGUUAAUGUGAAUCCAAACUUCCGGAUUUACUACAAAGUCCAUGGAAAAAUUAACCUUCCAAGGAAAUUUGAAGACUGGGAACCAGGUGGCACAGUUGUGUGUGUGAAAUGUGGCCAGAACUGGGGAAUGCAGAUGAUCUACAAGAAAGUGCCCAUUCCCAGUUUAUGCAUCAAGAACUUUGUGGUGGAGCUGCCAAAUGAGAGAAGACCCUUCAAGCAAUGGAAAAGUGUUCCCUGCCAGAUCCAGGACUUCAACUACAUUGAAUAUUGUAAAGACAACAUUCUAGAUAUCUGAAUGAGCAUAAUAAACUUUUAAUUCUCAAUGACACCUUCCAACUAGUUUAUACUUCAGACAUCUUAGAAAUGAAUUUACAUAUUCCAGUGUGCAAUGAUGAGAAAAAUCUUGAAAAGAUGUAAAACGAUUUUAGUUAACAAUAUGAUUUCAGAGGUUCUUCUCAGUACUAGUUAGAGAAGUGAAACUUGCAAUUAGAUUGAGCUUUUACUGUAAUGGAUGCUCUGUAGGAACUUACUCAUCUGUAACCAAACUUUUGGUUUUAUUCAAAGCAAAGUUAUAAACUGCUGUUUAACCUUUUGAUGGCUUGGAGAUGGGAAUUGGGAGGGGUGGGGCAGGGCAGGGAGGCAACCAAAGGAUGAUUGUAGCAUAGGUGCAUCUCUGUCAUCGAUGUAAAUUGUAUAUUUGUUAUGUGGUAUGUACUGCACAAACUUCCUUUGUACUAUGCUUUCUUGAUUUAAAAAAAACCAAUAAAAACUGUUCCUUUGUGUUCA